UGACAAAAGGGUCACUGAAAAUAUUUCUUGCUUCAAUCUUUCUCUCUGGUCAUUUAUCCGUUUACUUUCUAGAUUGUAGUAUCAGUUUGUGUUUCUCUGUGUGCAGGUAAGUGUUCCGAGAGUGUGUUUUGUCACGAUCAUUGGAUGCACGUGGAAGUCCAGAAGAGGGGCUGUGUUUCAUUUUGUUGUCAGAAGCAUGGCACUUUGUGGGGCUAAAAAGGAUGGAAGAGAACUGAAAAUUUACGAAAAUACAGAUGAACUAAGUACUGAUCUGGCAGACUAUAUUGCAGAAUUAUCAGAGAAUUCUGUGAAAGAACGUGGAGUGUUUGCCAUUGCUUUAUCUGGUGGCUCCCUAAUUAGUCUGAUAUGUAAACUAUGUGAGGCUCCUUAUAACAAGACUGUUGAUUGGGCCAAGUGGUAUAUAUUUUGGGCUGAUGAACGCGUGGUGGCAAAGAGUCAUGCUGAUAGCAAUUAUAAGCUGGCAAAGGAUGGCAUUCUGUCCAAGGUCCCUGUUAUUCCAAGCCAUGUGCAUUCUAUCAAUGAUACUGUAUCAGCAGAAAAAGCUGCUGAGGACUACGAGUUUGUCAUCAGGCAGCUUGUGAGGACUCGUGUAAUCAAUGUUUCUGAUAUCUGUGACUGCCCAAAGUUUGAUCUGAUCCUUUUGGGGAUGGGUCCUGAUGGGCAUGUCGCGUCGCUCUUUCCCGGUCACUCAGUGCUUGAUGAAAAAGAACAGUGGGUGACUUUCAUCACCGACUCACCCAAGCCCCCACCUGAGAGGAUCACCUUUACUUUGCCUGUGAUCAACUCUGCCUCCAAUGUGGCUGUGGUUGUCACUGGUGGCAGUAAAGCAGAUGCUGUGCACUUAGUAGUUGAUGAUGUUGAGCCUGACCAUCCGUCAUUGCCUGCAAAGCUGGUCCAGCCAACCAAGGGGAAUUUGGUGUGGUUUCUGGACAAGGCAGCGGCAUCAAAACUCGACGGCACAAAAUUUUCCGAGUAGGGCCUGGCACGUCUUGUCUAAAUGUAUGUCUGUAUGUAGUGAAGGAUAUGGAACGUUGUUGAUUCACAUUUCCUCUAGGGAUCUGUCUUUUUCUGUUUCUUGUUUUAGACAGUUAAGAAGGAGCUCUUAGUCUUGGAUUAGUCUCUUCCUCAUUUUCUGGCCUGCAUACUUCUUGGAAGGGGUUUGUAAGUGUGAUUAUCCAUUUUGUUAGAGAAAGCAAUAAAAUGUUGGCUCUUGACACAAAA